ACCUACUUAUAGAAGCAUCCCGAGCUCAGCCCGGCAGCAUCUCGGUUGGAAAGUGCGCUCGCCACAUCCCUUCGGCCUCCCGUGAACGUUUUAUCUCCCUCAGCUUGGGAAGGGAGAAACCUCAGCUGUGAAGUAGCUGUGCAGAGAGCUCGGGAAACCGCCCAGUUGGACAGGGACCCAGAGAGUGAGAGCGGGCGCGCCCCUCGCCCGAGAAUCACUCUCAGCGGCGGGACGCAGCAUCCGCCGCGCUCCAGCCAGGCGCCGCCAGCCCAGAGGACCCUGCGCACACUUCGAACCCGUGGCGGCCUCCGGAAUCCGGAGCUGCCGGGCGCUCCUGGCGGGUCACUGCAAACUUUCCCCCAGCCCACGUGCUAGCGAGGCGGCUGGCGUCAGGAGCCCGGGAUGGAGCGCUGCGCCUAGGCACGCUGCACAGCCCGAGACGUUCAAGGCAGGGAGAUGCUGACCGCGCGGAACUGACCAGUGCCACCCCUGGGCUACUGGCGACUCUUUCUCUGCGACGUCCCCAGCAGCGGUCACCGCCGGCACCUCGAAUGAGCCCUCCAGUUCCCCGACUUUGAGAGGCGUCUCUCCCCGACCCGACCGCCCAGAUGCAGUUUCGCCUCUUCUCCUUUGCCCUCAUCAUCCUGAACUGUAUGGAUUACAGCCACUGCCAAGGCAACCGAUGGAGACGCAGUAAACGAGCUAGUUAUGUAUCAAAUCCCAUUUGCAAGGGUUGCUUGUCUUGUUCAAAGGACAAUGGGUGCAGCCGAUGUCAACAGAAGUUGUUCUUCUUCCUUCGAAGAGAAGGCAUGCGCCAGUACGGGGAGUGCCUGCAUUCCUGCCCGUCGGGUUACUAUGGACACCGAGCUCCAGAUAUGAACAGAUGUGCACGAUGCAGAAUAGAAAACUGUGAUUCUUGCUUCAGCAAAGACUUUUGUACUAAGUGCAAAGCAGGUUUCUAUUUGCAUAGAGGCCGUUGCUUUGACGAAUGUCCAGACGGUUUUGCACCAUUAGAUGACACCAUGGAAUGUGUGGAAGGAUGUGAAGUCGGUCAUUGGAGUGAAUGGGGAACCUGUAGCAGAAAUAAUCGCACGUGUGGAUUUAAAUGGGGUCUGGAAACCAGAACACGGCAAAUUGUUAAAAAGCCAGCAAAAGACACAAUACCAUGUCCAACCAUCGCUGAAUCCAGGAGGUGUAAGAUGGCCAUGAGGCAUUGUCCAGGAGGGAAGAGAGCACCAAAGGCGAAGGAGAAGAAGAACAAAAAGAAGAAGAGGAAGCUGAUAGAAAGAGCUCAGGAGCAACACAGUGUCUUCCUAGCUACAGACAGGGCUAACCAAUAAAAUAAAAGACACAUCGGGUGGAUCUUGGGGGUUUUGUUUUUUUGUUUUUUGUUUUGCAAAAGUGCACAGAGCUACUCUCCACUCCCGGACACUGGUGCGCGGUGCUUGUGCCGCUCUGACCAGUAUCUGUUCUCAGUGACAUUGUGAAAGGAGGAGCCACGAAGUGGUCUCGGUGUUAUUUAUGCUUCGAUUUGCAGCUGGAGACUAAGGUGGGAGCUCACGGCCUGCAUCAGGGGAAGCAGGAGUGAGGGAACAGCCUGUGACUUGGCUCCCUGUGCGCCCUGCGGUCCUAGCACCCCCAACAGAGAGGACAAGGUGUGAGGCUGCAGACCACUGUUGGAGGACAGACUUUGUGCAUAUUUAUGGGAAGGAAGAUGCUCAGCAGGCAAAGUGCUUGCUCACUUGUGCCCUUUAUUUCUCACGUUGUGCACUGUCAAGGAUAAAUGUAUGUGGAUAUCUGCUUAGUGUGACCACAUGUUGUCCUCAGCGUCUGUUCCCUUCAAACUGUUGUGGGGUGGAACUUCUGAUCUGGGGGUGUGCUACAGUAGUCCCUCCUCAGUUUCACAGUGGCUCUAACAUGUACAUAUUCUGCUGGGGCUUCGCAUAAACCUCUUAUUUACUGUAUAUUUAUGCUCUCUUAUGUGUAACAAGUCAUACCUGAUUAAUAGAUGCCACUUUGUUUUUAGUGGUCCCUAACCAUUGUCUGGUAAAUGACUGUUCUAGUUUUGGGAAUUGACAAGUGUUGUUGCCCCUUGGAACUUAACCUUUCUUUUCUUUGUGGGCUGAUUUCUCAUUGUAAGGAUAGGAUAAGCUAGUUUGUACAUAGGGUCAAAUGACCAGUGUCAAAAAAUUUGAAUAUCUCCUCCCACAGAUAAGGCAGCAUGCGGCACCUGACAGUCAGAAGGCAGAACUCCCUUUGAGUCUAAGAUGUGAUGACUUCAUGACACACAACUGAAAACACAGGGAGAAUGACAUGCAGUCACUUGUAGUACUCAUCGUGCAGUUUCACAGGCCAGCUAGAGGAUUUUUCAAACUUCCAUUUCAAACUUCGAUAGACAUAAUGCGCCAUUGAAAGCAGUCCCUGACUUAUAGUGACAGGGCACCUACCAGUAUUCUUGGGUCACCACAGGACUGGCCAUCACAAGACUAUGCACAGAAAUGGCCUCCUGUGACAGCUGGUCAGAUAGUAACCGGUCUCCUUCAAGCCAGGAUCUGUGCCAUGUCCCAGACCGAGAGGGCCCUGUGGAAGCUUCCGGGGGGACCACUCUCAGAGCAGCAGGUUCAAAGGCAUCAUUGUCCCCUUGGAGGAAUCAGUUCUUAAAGAGUUUUUAAUUGGCCACUUCUAAAAGCAUCAUUAUCUUCCUGGCUGAUCCAGGAGAAAAUUAGAACAAAAAGAAAUGGUUGCAGA